AUGGCAUCCACAUUCAGCUUUGGUUUCUCCGGCGACGACAUCGACAUCGACAUUGACAACGACGUCGAGGGCAGCGAUCAUGGCGUCGCACGCAUAGAGCAGAAUAAACCAUCUAAUAAUAAUAAGCUGUUCCCUGCCAAGAGGCAUAUAUUGAGUGAAUGGGCAAGUCAAAUAACCAUUUUUCUACAAAAAGAGAAAACCACCAUCGCGCGCAGAGAACUCUUCGACGUGCGCACUCAACUCAUGGCCGAGGACGACGAUGACGACUCCGAGCUCAUCGCUGGUCUGGAGCAAGGAGAUCUGAAACCCAAUUUCUAUGAAGGCGGGUUCAAGACGUGGGAGUGUGCUCUGGACCUUGCGGACGUGUUGCUACUACCCUCAGAAAAGGGCGGUGAGCUGUCCCUGAGUAAGGACGGCGAUGGGCUGCAUGUAGUGGAAUUGGGCUGUGGGACUGCGGUGCCUUCUCUAGCGGUAUUUGCACGGUUGUUGUCACUACCAUUACCGAAUCCGGAGACGGAGAAAAAGCAGAGAUUUAGAUUUACAUUGGCGGAUUAUAACUCGACGCUUCAGAAGGAAGAAGAAGAAGAAGGAGAACUAGACAUCGAGCCCGCGCUCCUAGACGCCUUUCAGACAGAUUUAUCCAACCGCGGAAUCACUCUCGACUUUAUAUCUGGUGGCUGGUCGGCUGAAUUCGUGCAGCUGGUUCUGGACCCGAACCUCUCUUCUACUGCAUCUACUGCAACACUCAUCCUCGCCAGCGAGACGAUAUAUGCCCCUUCCUCGCUGGGGGUGUUCUCGAAGACAUUGAUAGAGCUCUUACGGCAUUCGGGACAGAGGCAUACGGCUACUGCCUUGAUAGCGGCCAAAAAGGUAUAUUUUGGCGUUGGAGGAGGGGUUGAUGAGUUUUUGCAGGUUCUGUAUAAGCAGCCGCUGCGAGAAGGGGAGGGGUCUAUUGAGGUGCAGGAACGGAAGGAGAUUAAUUCGGGGGGAGUGAAGCGUGUGGUUUUGGAGGUUCGUAUUCGGUAG